AUGGCCUAUAGACAUCUAUUUAGAGAGGCGAGCUGUGUGAGAUGUCCAGAUAGUAGAGAAACAGUGAACCACCUAUUAUUCAAAUGUUGCUUCGCUAGACUUGUCUGGGCUAUUUCACCGAUCCCAGCAUAUCCUGAAGGAGAGUGGACUGAUUCUUUGUACGCCAAUUUGUAUUGGGUUCUUAACUUGGAAGUGGAAAUUCCAAAGUUGGGAAAAAUUGGCAAUCUUGUGCCUUGGCUCCUGUGGCGUCUGUGGAAAUCACGGAAUGAGCUGAUGUUUAAAGGAAAGGAGUAUGAUGCCCCGGAAGUUCUGAGACGAGCGAUGGAAGACUUUGAGGAAUGGAGUACUAGACGGGAGCUUGAAGGGAAAGCCUCUGGUCCUCAAGUGGAGAGAAAUCUUUCGGUGCAAUGGAAAGCUCCUCCUUAUCAAUGGGUGAAGUGUAACACAGACGCUACAUGGCAGUUGGAAAAUCCUAGGUGUGGUAUUGGAUGGAUCCUCCGUAACGAGAGUGGAGGAGUCUUGUGGAUGGGAGCAAGAGCUCUGCCAAGGACGAAGAAUGUGUUGGAAGCAGAGCUGGAAGCUUUGCGGUGGGCAGUUCUCACGAUGAGCAGAUUUAACUAUAAAAGAAUAAUUUUUGAAUCUGAUGCUCAAGCUCUAGUUAAUCUGCUGAAUUCUGAUGACUUUUGGCCAACCCUUCAACCGGCUUUGGAAGACAUUCAGCAGCUGCUCCAUCAUUUUGAAGAGGUCAAGUUCGAGUUCACUCCAAGAGGCGGUAACAAAGUGGCGGAUAGAAUAGCACGGGAAUCUAUUUCGUUCUCGAAUUAUGAUCCCAAAUUGUUUUCUAUUGUGCCACAGUGGCUUAGAAGCACUUUGAUUUAA